UUGUGGCAACACUGUCAUACGCCAUCUUUCUUUCGCGUAAGUGUUCCGCUUCCGUUGACAGUUCUUUCAGGCUAAAACCUCCAAAAAUGAAGGCGAAAGGAGAGUUGAAGGAAUAUGAAGUCAUUGGGCGCAAGCUCCCUUCGGAGAGCGAGCCAAAGCCGCCUCUAUACAAAAUGAGGAUAUUCUCGCCUGACCCCAUUGUGGCCAAGUCCCGUUUCUGGUACUUCCUUCGGCAGUUGAAGAAGUUCAAGAAGACCACCGGCGAAAUCGUGUCCAUCAAGGAAAUCCCAGAGAAGAGCCCAGUCAAGAUCAAGAACUUCGGUAUCUGGCUCCGUUACGAGUCCCGAUCUGGCGUCCACAACAUGUACCGCGAAUACCGCGACCUCAGCGUCGGCGGCGCCGUCACACAGUGCUACCGCGACAUGGGAGCCAGGCACAGAGCUCGUGCUCACUCAAUUCAGAUUAUCAAAGUGGAGGUGAUCAAGGCGUCCGCGUGCCGCCGGCCCCAGGUCAAACAGUUCCACGCCAGCGCGAUCAAGUUCCCUCUGCCCAAGCGUGUGCACCACCACAAGCGCCUCAAUACCUUCGCGUACAAGAGGCCAAGCACAUACUUCCUGUAAUCUUACUGUAUGCUACCAUAAUAAAAUCCAUGUGACGUGGAAACAAAU